UUUACACAGUAAAAUGGCAGAUGCCAGAAUUUCAGUGGAUCAGAAUGAGUUCAUCUGUCCAGUGUGUCUGGAUCUCCUGAAGGAUCCAGUGGCCAUUCCCUGUGGACACAGUUACUGUAAGAGCUGUAUUACAGGCUGCUGGGAUCAGGAGGAUCAGAUGAGAGUCUACAGCUGCCCUCAGUGCAGACAGACCUUCAGACCAAGACCUGCUUUAGCUACAAACACCAUGCUGACUGAAGUGGUGGAGAAACUAAAAACGACCAAACUUCCUGCUGACUGUUACGCUGGAGCUGGAGAUGUGGAGUGUGAUGUUUGUACUGGAAGAAAAUACAAAGCCGUCAAGUCCUGUCUGGAGUGUCUGAACUCUUACUGUCGGAAUCACUUUGAACAACAUGAGAGUUUGUUUGAAGGAAAGAGACACAGUUUGACUGAUGUCACUGGACGACUGCAGGAGAUGAUCUGCCAUGAACACGAGAAACAGCUGGAAAUGUACUGCAUCACUGAUCAACAAUGCAUUUGUGUGCUGUGUUCAAAAUAUGAACAUAAAAACCACAACACUGUAUCAGCUGCAGCACAGAGGACAGAAAAACAG